CCCUUCUUUCUGUUCUCUAGGGAUCAUCGAUCUUUCUCAGGUGCCACACUUACCUGUCCUGGUCCCUCCCUCUGCAGGGGCAGCCGGCUCCCCCAUGGACCGCAUCACCUACAUCCCCGGGGGAAGCGCAACCUUCCCUGGCAGGCCAUACACCACCUCCCCCAUCUCACCAGUUGGGUCCUCGCACAUGAACAAGAUGCCGGGCGCGUCCUCAUCUUCAGAGCGUGAGCGAGAUCGUGAACGGGACCGAGAGAGGGACAGGGAACGUGAACGAGAACGGGAGAGAGAGAGGGAGCGUGAGCGGGACCGGGAGAGAGAUCGAGGAAGAGAGCGAGAGAGAGAGCGGGAGAGGGAACGGGACCGCGACAGAGAGAGAGACAGAGACAGAGAACGUGACAGAGAGAAGGGCGGGUCUAUUGGAAAUGUGGAGCAUGCCCCCAUCUGGAGACCAGGUACAGAGCACAGCUUGGCAAGCAGUAGUAGCAGUAGUGUGAGACCUUCCUCCCAGCCGUACAGCCACCAGCACUCCCCAGUGUCCCCGCGCACCCAGGAGAACGUGCAGCAGAGGCCAAGCGUCCUGCACAACACCGGGGGCAAGAGUCUCUCUGUCAGCGAGCACUCCAGCUCUUCUGUGUUUCGGACCAUGUCUUCUGGGCCGGGCCGCUACCAAGUUUACCCCGGCCACCUCCAAAGGACCGGUGUGCCUCCUGAGGCCUACCCACCUGCCAUGGACUCAAGUGUAGCCAAAGAGCAGAGUCGGGAUGGAGGAAAAAACAGGGGAGGUCUACCCAAGCAUGUACCGGACCAGCACGGGCCCUCAAGCAAAUCUGACCCCAAGCUGUCCAGCCCAAGUCCAGGAGGAAUGUACCCGGGUCCCUAUCCCACGGCUUCAGGCCGGCAACAACACCUCCUACCCCACCAGUUGGAUAACCCUUCUGGCCGUGGAGAAAGCGGUACUCCUAGUAGGGAAAAGACUCAAAACAAACCGAUGUCCAUUCAGGAACAAGAGCUCCGAGCACUCGCUCAGCAGAAGAUGGAGCCACAUGGUCUUUACGGUCCUCCGCCUGAGGACAGACUGUCUCCAGGCCAGCAGCCCCCAUCUCCCCAUGUGAAGGGCAGCCAGAGGGUGGUCACCCUGGCACAGCACAUCAGCGAGGUGAUAACUAAAGAUUACACCAGGCAGAGUCAGCAGCAGCAACAGCAGCAGCAGAGCUACCACGGCUCUCCUGUCCUGGACCUGACCCGUCCUCCCAGUGCCUCCCAGCCCCCUCCCACCUCACAGGAGUCCGCUCCAGGGCCCCGAUAUGUGGACAGCCUUGGUGGAGAACGACUCAGAGAACGAUCUCCUCCUCAGCCCAAGUCAUCCCCGGUCUCAAAUGACGGAAUUGAACCCGUGUCUCCUGCCGGAGCAAACUCUGAGCCUGAAGUCCAGGGAGGGGCUUCCUACCCCAAUGAGCAGGGGGAUCAGGGGAUGGGCUCCCGUUCCCCUCCCAACGCCUCGCAGCCUCCAGCUUUCUUCAGCAAGAUGACUGAGAACACGUCAGAAAUUGUCAGGUCAAAGAAACAAGAGAUGAGCAAGAAGAUGACUGUGAUGGGAAAUGAGGUGGAUUUCAAUGCAGGUCAGCCUGGGACAGAGAUCUUCAACAUGCCAGCAUCUACAACUGCAGGACCUGUGAGUGUACGCUGCCACCCGACCCCUGAGACCCCCGGAAACUCAAUCGGCCUUGAGGCCAUCAUAAGAAAAGCCUUAAUGGGCAAAUAUGAUGAACAGUCUGAAGAACGUCCGCCAUCCAACGCUGCCAACAUGAUGGGCUCCGGUGUGUCCUCUAAUAUGGCUGACGGACGCGGUGACGACUCUUUCUCACAAGGUGGGGGAAAGUCCUCAAAGGGCAACGGGCGCUCUAAUGGACGGAAGGCCAAAUCUCCAGGACCGGGCCUGUCAGGGGGGGAGAGACCGUCCUCUGUCUCCUCGGUCCACUCUGAGGGAGACUGCAACAGACGAACUCCUCUCACCAACCGUGUGUGGGAGGAUCGGCCUUCAUCCACCGGUUCAACUCCUACCCCAUUCCCGUGUAACCCGUUGAUAAUGCGUUUCCCCAGCGGCACAGUUUCCGCUCCCUCUCCUUCCUCUGGGCAGCAGGGUGGCCAGGGACCCGGGUUAGCACCUGGACAGGGCCGUUCCUGGGAGGAGGAGCCAAAACCUCUGCUCAUGUCUCAGUAUGAGACCCUGUCUGACAGCGAGUGACCCGAAAAUCUGCCGUACCACAGGACCUGCUAACAGUCAACCCACUCAUUGCUGCUGCAGCAACACACACACACGCACGCACGCACACACCUGCUGGCACCUGCAAACCUCCCUGCACCAUUCCACUCCUCUGAAUUUCCUCUGUCAGUCAUGAAGCAAGCAUCAUGUCAACAACACUGAGCUGUAACACUGCUGCUCCAUGUGUGAGUAUAUGUGUGUGUGUGUGUGUGUGUGUGUGUGUGUGUGAGAGAGAGAGAGAGAGAGAGAGAGAGAGUGUGUGUGUGUGUGCGUGUGUGCGCGUGCGUGUGUGUGCGUGUGCGUGCGUGCGCGUGUGUGUGUGUGUGUGUGUUAGCACUUGUGCAUUCACUCCAGAACUACUCUAAAGGACAAAUCACUUUUUCUUUUUCUUUUUUAACUUUACUACUUUUCCUCACUGGCCUUAACAAUAAAGACACAUGGACCUGCACUUUUUAGGUGUUGCGCUCUCAUGUGCUGACACUUUGCAAGUAGGGGACUCUGAGGUCCUGUUGUUGGUCUGAUCAUGAACCUGACGACGGCUCGAGUGACAGAUUUUGAGAACAGAUCGGACCAACACAGCGGUGGACCCUCUCAUGUUUCCUCACAGUGGACUCCCGGUGCAGGCGGCCUGCGCGCUGCUAACACUACAACAAUUCAUACAAGCGAACGAGAGGAGAAUCAACAUCCUGUUUUCCUUUCUUUCUUUUUUUUUUGGUUAUUUCUUUUAAAUUCAGUCCAGUCCUGUGUUUGGAACGUGAGCUGAGACCUGUCGUACAUUUUGAUGGUGAACCUUUGAUGGUGUCAUUUGUUGUCUAUUAUCUGCAAUGAUGUAUCUUUUUUGGGGGGGAAUGGACGGGGGUCAGAGAUUGUUAUGCGGGAGGGUCAUAUCAUGGUUUACAGGGUAAACAUGCUGUUCAUGCUGAUGUCAUAUAUUAGGGGAGGGAGGGGUCCUGAGGAACGGGGAAGGCCUGUUGACUUCAGGCGUCCAUGCGGGGAGAGAUGAUUUGCCAGAUGGAUGGCACUGAAACCAGUGACACUUUCUCACUGUUUUUAUAUUAACCAUGUCUGUGUUUGUUGAAACCGUUUUUGGAUAUUAAGCACUUAGUUGUCAAUCUGUUCACAAUGGCAUUUUUAAGAAUCUGUGUUUCCUGGGGGAGGUGAAAAAUUGAUUUAAGAAUGGACACCUCAUCACGGAGAUAUCCUACCACACUUAUGGGUUUAAUUUUUGUCAUCAUGUUCUUUAUCGCUCCCACACUCAAAGCGACAAUCACAUUUCAGUGACGACUUAGCCGCUUCGAGCAGGUGCACAUCAACUUAAAGCUGCUUACAGACAAACUCCACAGCAGCACUUGGAGUUUACUCACAUUAAAGUGGUGAAAAAAAAAGCCAUCUUUCUAUAACCCUCGGUCCAAAGCGACGUCGGCUUCAGCUAGCUCGCUAGAAUCCCGUCUAGGAACCGUUUGUGACGGUCUGACUUUAACCUUUUACUGCCUCGGGAAGGAGCUAAGACCUGACUCCUCAAUCAGGCAGAUUUUUGUACAUUAUGAGAUAGUCCUAGUGUUAAGUGCCAUUUAUCUUACAUAUACAGAACUGAAGUUAUCAAUUGACGCACAACCUUUUCUUUUUUUCUUCAAGCCCCCCAUGACGGGGCGAAAACUAUCCACGCAGGGAAAUCUGAAACAAGCAAACAAAACGUCCUUUUUUUUACAAGUUUUACAUGUGCUUUUUGUCAUUCGAUCAUCAAAUCAAUCACAGAUUAUUAGAUUUUAAAACUUUAACUGUUUAGAUAUAUUAUUAAAACAAACUAAUACUGCAAACCAGGGCCUGCAUCUCAUGUUAUCUCCACUCACACAUUUGACAUACUUCUUAUCACACUUCAUGUUUUCUUCUGGUUAGAUGAUGUUAAGGGGAAGAUAUUCAUUCUGUUAGGUUUCUGAAUCAUUUGGGCACUUGUUAAAUUUUUUCUGCCAUGUUUAAAACAUCCCUCUCUAUUUUAAUGUUGCAGAUUAGCAUUUGACUUUGUGCAAUCGGGGUUUCUUCCUCUGAUUGACAAGUCUGACACAAUGUUUGUGAACAUUUUUUACAAAGGCUAACCGCUCCUAUCUGUAGUUCAUUUUGUCAUUACACAAACAUGACUGUUAUAUGACUACCUCCUCUCCCUCUUACAUCAUACCUGUCCUAUGGUCAAUCAUAAAGCAUGCCACAUCUGCAGAAAAUGGUUUUAGGUCUGAAUUUUAUCCCCCUAUAGACAGUUUGUUAUGUCAUCCAGUUAGGGAAAAGUACAGCCAGGUUUGUCCAUUGAUCUCUCUUAGUGUUUAAUAAUCCAUGAUCAUAUUGAAGAAUGUGACAGUUAAACAAACUAAGCCAUAUCCAGCUGCUCCCUAAACCGAUGACAGACGAGUACAUUGUUUUAACAGUACACUGAUACAAUUUUAACAUGCAUCAUUUUGUUGUUGUGCAUACAGCUUGUUUUGAUUUCCGUCAUGUCACAAAUCAAAAACAGUCAUUCAAUAUGUAAACUUUGAUUUCUGAAGUGUUCCCUGGACUGUCCAAACAUGGGCGGGGUGGGGGGUGGGGUGGGAUUGACAUAAACGGUAAACAUUGUUCAACCAUUUUUGUGCAUAAUGAUUUUUUUUUUUAUUGUAACCCACUGUAUAAUAGCAAGGAUUGUAUAUAAAACUGAAGAGAUGUAAAUAUUUAUGUGGCUUGCUUUAAGGUUGGUAUUACGAUUUAAAAAAAAAAAAAGAAAGAAAAAGAAAUAUUCACAUGGUUUAAUUCUACAUGCCCACCAGCAAGCUUUGUGGAUAGCAGUGUAAAAAUGAAAACAAAAAAAGACACUGCCUUAAUGUUUAAAUAAAAAGCUUAUUGCCAUU